AAUAUUUGACUUAGGCAUUACACUUUCCAUUCCUCAACCGGAUCAGCCCAAAUGACCAUCAAAGAAGAAGACUACGUUUCAUCGAAUUCCUCUUCCCCAACGGCCACUGCCGAGGCCACCGUUGGCGGCUUCGUCGAUAGUGGCGGCCUGAUUAUGUCAACCACCGAUGCUAUCCGUUCAUUUUUCAUCUCUGCAUCCUCAGACUCCAGCCUCCACCAGGACUUCAGAGAUCUCUCCUCCUUGCUCUCAUUGCGCCCUUCUGUACCCUAUAAAUCUUUCAAGUCCAUCUGGCUUGGAAUCGACCCAACUACCCGCCCGGACCUAACAACCCUUCUCACUGGGUCCAAUUUCAUCUUUACCAGCCCCAAGCCCAGAGAAAAGAGUGUAGAAUUAAAGGUGAGGUUGAAGAAGCUAGCGGAGGUGGCAGAGAGGAAGGCCUAUGAAGAGUUGGUGAAGGACAUUACUCCAAGGAAGGGUGUAGAGGAGCCUUUCUCCACCUACAAGGAUCAACUGGGCUUCGGUUUACAUGUUGUGCUUAUAAUGUUCACUGGCUACUUGAUUGGAUAUGCAGCAUUCAGAGCCUUGUUUAGCCACAGUCCUGGAAUGAGUGCUGCUGGAGGAAUCCUUGGAUUGGUUGGCGGCAUGCUGGUAGAGGCAUUUCUAUUUAUAAUCAGGACUUCCAGUCAAGAUCUUCAACCCCGUUCUUCCACUUUGAAGAUUAAGAAGAAUCAAUAGGCUUCAUCAUAAGAGGUUUGGUUUUAAUUAUAUAUAUAUAUAUCUUCUGUUCUUUAUGUCUUUUCUUUUAGGAAAUAAAAGGAGACGAUUGUUCCGUCACCUGAUAAAUGGAGUUGUUAAAUUUACCAACACAGACUACACAGUCCACUAGUAAAUUUUUGCCACUUAACUAUUGGGACUUUUCUUUGUGGAGCAGUAUAAAGAAAAAACUAUCUUUAUCUGAUUAUUUACAUUUUGAAUCAGUAGGUAGACUACAUACCGUGAUUUUUGUGCUUCAGAUGCAAUUGAAUAGUGGUUUUCUGGUCA